GGAGACGCCGCCGAGUCAUCGGCAGAGCCGCCGGAGAUUCCCUGUGGACAUGAAGACUUUGGCCAUCGCUGUCGCCCUCGUGGCGUUUGUAGGAGUCAGUGUGAGCGGAGAUCCUGAAGCUGAUGCUGAGCCCAGCGCUAUGGAGGCGGCUUUGGAGGCCAUGGGGUAGUGUCCUACAGACCCGUGUACAAUAGCUACGGCUACGGACGCUGGAAGAGGAGUGCUGAGCCUGUAGCUGAGGCUGAGGCUGAGCCCGAGGCCGAUCCUUCCCGCUUCGGAUACGGGCAUGGCGGCUUUAGUCACGUGUCCUUCACCCGUAUACAGCAGCUAUGGCUACGGACGCUGGAAGAGGAGUGCUGAGGCUGAGCCUGUAGCUGAGGCUGAGGCUGAUCCCGAGGCCGAUCCUUCCCGCUUCGGAUACGGGCAUGGCGGCUUUAGUCACGUGUCCUUCAACCCGUAUACAGCAGCUAUGGCUACGGACGCUGGAAGAGGAGUGCUGAGGCUGAGCCCGGAUUCAGCUUCGGUCACGGCUUCGGAGGUCACGGCCGCUUCGGAGGCUACAGGGGCUAUGGAGGCCACGGCGGAAGCUUUGGUGGACAUGGGCGUUUCUACGGCUGAAGGGUUCUUUCCCAAGAUCAAUAAAGCUGAGCAAUUCUACACAGUGAUUCCUUUAAACAUACCAGACUUAUAA